UUUUAUUAUAUAUAUUGUUAUUUGAGAAAACUAUAAAGCUUAAUUUAACUAUAGCUAGCUAUACCAAAGUAUAUGAUAAUAUAUCCAGACAACUUGUCUACAACUUUUCUAAGAAAUAUUGAGUCUUGGAAGGAAUGAGCUAAACAUCUAGUUGAAAUAAUCAUAUCUUUCAAAGUCACUUAAGGAAAGAUGACAAUGACAAGGAACAGCUCAUUUGGAAGAUAAGUAGGGAAUGAGUCUGUAGACUAUAAUGUGGCAUGCCAAAAGUCUUACAGUCAUAUUUCUGAUAAUGAAUGUGGGGUUAGAAACAGCUUUUUUCUGAAAAUCCUAGGCCACAUAAUACUCCCUACAUAUUGGGCAAUAAUUGCUAGAAUAGCUUAUUCAAUUAUUUGCCUAUAUGUUGAGGGUUCUAUAUUCUUGACUGCAUAACAAACCCAUACUUACUCUCCUAAGUUGAGAGAGUCAUACUUAGUUUAAUGACUGAUUCUUGGUUGAAUGAAACAACUAGGAAUUUAUUGCUGUUACUUCCCACUUUGACAUUGUCCCUACUUGACUGUUAGGUUUCAGCAAUUCAUGGCUUUCAGACUCAGUGCCUUAAAAUAUGGAUAAAAAUUAUAUUUUAUCAAAUAAAAUUUACGGCUGGGUCUAAUAUACUGCUAGGAAACACAAACAUUAAUAUUUGGAUAUAAAUGCAAAAAAAUAGAAGCUAGGGACAUGUAAUCAGACUUAUAGACAAAGUUGAGGUGGUGAGAAGGUGCCUUGUUUAUGGAUUGUCAGGAAGUGAGGAUAAUUUUCCUUAUAUGAAUUAGGAAAUUUGAAAUUUUCUUUUGUAAUGAUAUUCUUCUAUCUAAGUAUGCAUAAGCCAUGAUGAUUUAAGCAAAUAGGCUUUUGUUAAUUCAGGGAAAGGAAGUCCAUUUCUUCUAGUGACAUUCAGAAGUUAGUGUUUGAAGUAGCAGUGGACAUCUUAAAUUUUAAAAGAUCUCAAACGCCCCCCUCCUUCUCUAGUCAUAGUUGUAAGAAAGAAGUCAGAUUCCUGAUAUUUUUCAUAUAUUUUUCAAUUUCAAUUUGAAGAACUGACUAUUUUCUUCCUUCUUGUUGGUGUCAACCUAUAGCUGUCAAAUCUCACCAGCUAUUAAGAUAGUUGACAUUAAUGGGAUUUACCAAAUUGUUUACAGUAUGGUCACAUGGACAACAAAUUUCUUAUUAUUUUGCAGCAUUGGACACUUUUCUGCCAUGCUGAUGGCAUUGUAAAUAUAUUUGUCAAUUUUCCCAAAUUUUAACUGAAGAAAACCUUAAGAAUUUAUACUUGAGGACUAAAGUGUGACUCUGCCAGUUAUCAGGCUUUCAGGAUGAAUCUGGAAAAACUCAGCAAGCCUGAACUCCUGACACUAUUUAGUAUUCUUGAAGGAGAGCUUGAAGCAAGGGACCUUGUUAUAGAAGCUUUAAAGGCCCAACACAGAGAUACUUUCAUUGAAGAGCGCUAUGGAAAAUAUAACAUCAGUGAUCCUUUAAUGGCUCUGCAGAGAGAUUUUGAAACACUGAAGGAGAAAAAUGAUGGCGAAAAGCAGCCAGUCUGCACAAACCCACUCUCUAUUCUUAAGGUGGUGAUGAAGCAAUGUAAGAACAUGCAGGAGCGCAUGCUGUCUCAGCUGGCCGCUGCUGAGAGCAGGCACCGAAAGGUGAUCCUAGACCUUGAGGAAGAAAGGCAAAGGCAUGCACAGGAUACAGCUGAAGGAGAUGAUGUCACCUACAUGCUAGAGAAAGAAAGAGAGAGGCUGACUCAACAGUUGGAAUUUGAAAAGUCCCAAGUGAAAAAGUUUGAAAAAGAACAGAAGAAGCUCUCUAGUCAGCUGGAAGAGGAGCGCUCCCGCCACAAGCAACUCUCAUCCAUGCUGGUGCUUGAGUGCAAGAAAGCCACUAGCAAGGCAGCUGAGGAGGGACAAAAAGCAGGAGAACUGAGCCUGAAAUUGGAGAAGGAGAGGAGCCGGGUGAGUAAACUGGAAGAAGAGUUGGCCGCUGAGAGAAAGCGAAGCUUGCAGACUGAGGCCCAGGUGGAGAAGCAGUUGUCUGAGUUUGACAUUGAAAGGGAACAACUGAGAGCAAAACUGAACCGAGAAGAGAACCGGACCAAAACUCUGAAAGAAGAAAUGGAAAGUUUGAAAAAGAUAGUGAAGGACCUAGAGGCUUCUCAUCAACACAGUAGUCCUGAUGAACAACUAAAGAAAACAGUAACCAUGUCCAAAGGCACAGCAACUGAACCUCUCAUGCUAGUGUCUGUAUUUUGCCAAACAGAGAGUUUUCAGGCAGAAAGAACCCACGGGAGCAACAUAGCUAAAAUGACAAACACCGGGCUGCCUGGCCCCACCACUCCUACUUCCUCUUAUGCAAAAACCAAUGGCCAUUGUGAACCAGAGAUACAAACUACCAGGGAGCUGAUUGUAGGCAACAGUGUAGAAAACCAAGUGCCUCCACGGGAAAAAUCUGUGGCAUUGGUCCAAGAGAAACCAGUGGAGAAUGGUGGGUGUCCUGUGGGAAUUGAGACUACAGUCCCAAUGCCCAGUCACCUCCCUUCCAGUGGGAGCUCACUGUCUCCCAGCAGCACAGCCUCCUCCUCUCUAACAUCUUCUCCUUGCUCUUCACCAGUAUUAACUAAGCGUUUAUUGGGGUCAUCGGCUAGCAGUCCCAGCUACCAGUCAUCCUACCAAGUGGGUAUCAACCAGCGGUUCCAUGCAGCUCGGCACAAAUUUCAGUCCCAAGCAGAUCAGGACCAGCAAGCCAGUGGUCUACAGAGUCCUCCAUCCAGGGACCUGUCCCCCACCCUCAUAGACAAUUCUGCUGCCAAGCAGCUGGCCCGAAACACAGUCACUCAGGUGCUCUCCAGAUUCACUAGCCAACAAGGAUCAAUCAAGCCAGUCUCUCCCAACAGCUCUCCCUUUGGCACAGACUAUCGAAAUCUGGCCAACACUGCCAAUCCAAGAAGUGACACCAGCCAUUCACCUACUCCAGGGAAAGUGUCCAGUCCUCUGAGUCCCCUGUCUCCAGGAAUCAAGUCCCCUACCAUCCCAAGAGCUGAGAGAGGAAACCCUCCACCUAUCCCACCCAAGAAACCUGGCCUCACCCCCUCUCCAUCUGCUACCACUCCGCUGACCAAAAUUCAUUCCCAAGCAUCCUCUUUGACCACCACAGAAGACCUUGCCAGCAGCUGCUCUUCCAAUGCUGUCGUAGCCAAUGGCAAGGAUGUUGAGAUACUUUUGCCUACCAGCAGCUAGUCCCUAGGAGGGAGUCUUCACAUUUGACAUUCCAUCAAAUUUCGUCCAAAAGCUCAGAGUCAGACUGUUGAGUCAGAUUAUGUUAUUUAUUUUGAUAGUAGCUGAACCCAUCUGUAUAAUACAUUUAGCGUAUUUCACCUUUUUGUAUUUUUUUAAGUAGGAACUGAGUAGUUUGGAUUUUUAUGGCUCACAUCUUUGUACUGAAGCUAUAAUAAAAGGGCACCUCAAAGACAUCUCGAGCUCAGCAGUCACCGUCAUGUUGUGAUAGAGAAAGCUAAUUGAGUACCAGGUGGUGAUUUGCUGUCUAUUUUGGGACUAGAAUCACUCAACACUCAUUUUGAAUUAUGCAGAAGUGGUUCAUGCAGAUUUUUAUUCCAGAUGAAUAUGUUUUAAAAGUGCCUGAUAUAUGACUGCCAUAUGAAUGUGAUUCUGCAGCGAAAACACAAAAUGGAUCAUUUAAUUGCAAAAUGAGAUCCUCUGUGAAUUCUGAAUGUUAAAAAACCAACACUGCUUUUAAUCCUCUUUUACUGUUUUUAAUGCAAGCUUUGUGUUCUGAAACAAGGCUGCAUAAGUAGAAUGGGAAUCCUUCUAAGGGUGGGUGUGAACUCACCACAAAGCUGAGCUUUAUAGAGCGCUUGAGAAACCCUCCUGAGCACUAAGCAGUUGGGGUGCUGAUUUUCUUGUACUUUUGAAAAAUUAAGUCACUCCAAAUUUCCUGCAUAAAAUCUUGAAUAGAAUGAAAUCACAUCUCCAUUUAAAAAGUGUCUUUCAAGCAUCUACUGUCGUGUAAGGAACUUCUGAUUCUGAUUGCUAUUACUUGAAUAGGAAAUGGUUAUUCAUUCUGUAUAAAAGUUUUGCAACAGAAUGAAAUCUUUACUCUGUAAUCAAAAAGCAAUAACUUAAAAUUCACUCUCUUUGUAAUAUUAUAAGUCAGAAUUAUACACGUUUUACCAAAUUGUUACAUUUAUUCUCCAAGCUGCCAGCACUUAGUGUCUGUAUCUGUGGAACCAAAUUAACUCUUGCCUAAAUGGAAGUAUACAUAUAUCUGUAUAGAUACAUACCCCUUUACAUGUUUAAUAUACACACACUUACAUAAAUA